UUCAAAUACGCUUUAAUUUCAAAUUGUUUAUUUGUAAUACAUUUUUCAUCUUUAAUUAUAUUUUAAAAGACUAUAACGGAAAAAUAAUUAUAAAAGCAAGUGAUUCGACUGAUUUCAUAUUUUUGACACAUGCGCUCAUUGGCCAUCAAGCAAUAACGUAUAGCCAACAUUCCGAUUCAGUGUCGUUCCGGUCGCCGUUGUCGUAAAGUCGGUGAAGUUAGUGGUGGAAUUUUUACGUGUUUAACAUCAAAAAAUGGCGUCUGGUGUAACAGUCUCGGACGCGUGCAAGACGACGUACGAAGAGAUCAAAAAAGACAAGAAGCACCGGUACGUCGUGUUCUACAUUCGUGAUGAGAAGCAGAUCGAUGUGGAAACCGUUGGAGGAAGAAACGCCGAGUACGACCAAUUCCUAGAGGACCUACAGAAGGGUGGCACCGGAGAGUGCAGAUAUGGCCUGUUUGACUUCGAAUACACCCACCAGUGUCAAGGCACGUCAGAGGCUAGCAAGAAACAGAAAUUGUUCCUCAUGUCAUGGUGCCCAGACACCGCUAAGGUCAAGAAGAAGAUGUUGUACUCUAGCUCCUUUGAUGCAUUGAAGAAAUCGCUCGUCGGCGUACAAAAGUACAUCCAAGCAACCGACCUCUCGGAGUCUUCUCAAGAGGCUGUCGAGGAGAAACUCCGCGCCACGGACCGUCAAUAAAUUAAUAAUUAAUUAAUCAGCAUUUAUUUAACCUCUACGCUACGACCGACGUGAAAUGACGCUUGAAUGCUCCAUCUGUACAUAGUCUGUGGUAUUCGAAAAUCGAAUUUGACUUGACAUGACUGACCUAGAAUUAAAAAAAAAUUAGGGGCUGUGUCAUUUCUCUACUGCGUUUUGCAAAUAUCAUUUUUGAAAAAAGAACGUAAGACGAGGUGGUUUGGUGUCUUUACUGAUACCAAAAAUUCAAAUUGUCAGAUGGUGUGUUUGGCGCGUUUACAGUGAUACGCAUGGGUUCUCUUCUUUUUUUCCCUUACGCUUCAAUAGAAAAGUGCGGUCUUUAGUCGGCGACGUUGUAUAGUUAAUUGCUAUAUUAAGAUAGCCGACUGUGAAUUAGCUAAUAAGGGAUCGUCAUAAGUCAUAAUUUAAAUUAUACUAAUUAUAUUUUUCCUAUAAACUAAAGAGUAAGUUAAGCUCAAACUAAAUUAAAUACAGUGUUUUUUUAUUCAUAACAGUUUAGGCGCCGGUCGGCUUUUAUACUAUUUAGAUUGUAAAAAGUUACGAUUUUUAUACAAUUGCCUAGUUUUGAUUUUGAGAUAACUGGCUGAUUGCUUAUGGCUCGGACCCAGCGGGCGUUGAAUAAGUAUUUUGUAACCAAUUUAUCCAGAAAUACACUCGGUAUAAGUGAAA